AUGGCUCAGUUCGCUAUGGGCAGGCUCUUCCGGCUGCAGGGCACCUCGCGCCAGUCGGUGACCUUUUCGCAAGUCCGCACCUUUGCCUCAAAAUCCGCAAUUCCUACAUUCACCACUACCGCAUCUACCGAAUUGAACCAGGCCCUUGAACACUGGCGACAAGACCUCUUCAUUCCAUUCGGCCUACCCAAACGACAGCGCAUGAGCAUGUUCAAGGAGAAACAUGCUCGUAGAUUGGAAGAUGAACCCAUCACCGUGAAGAUUAGCGAGACCGAAGAGUACACUUUGCGACCCUUGAAGCUCUCCUCACUGCCCAAGAGCAAGGAGGCCAUCAAUGUCUUCCGUCUAAUGGAAGCUGCCAACGACUACAAGAACCUCGUGCCUUUCUUGAGUGGACUCUGGAACGCCCAAAUGUCCAUUUCUCCCGCCAGAUGGCAAUACCUUAUUCGCAAGACCGGCAGCGCCGGCAGACUCUCUCUUAUCCUUGAAUGCGCCAGACAAGAAAAGCACACCGGCCUGUCGCUACAAAACAACGAUAACACCGAGCGUCUGUUCUUCGAAUUCCACCGCAUGGCCCACGAGGCUGGCUUCAAGGGAGAAAAGGUGAACAAGGCUCUUAAGAUGGCAAAGCAGGCUGUGGAUAUCAUGGACACAUACGCCCCAAGCCCGGCCACAAACCCAAAGUACCAGCCUUAUGUUAUUGGAACACUGCUGGAGCUUAGCGCUGCGCGUGCCCUGGCAGAGGCUGGUGGCAAAGACAACGGCGAUGUGUUGAACUACGCACGGAAGCUUAUUGCUUCUUGGCACUUGGGUGAUUUUUCGACUAUCCCUAAGGAUCAGUUUGACGCAGAGCUCGUGAACCAACGGUUCAUUGAAUCUAUUGCGGUGUGCAAGGGAUUGCAGCUCUGUUUGUCGAUUCACGGUGUUGCCGUUGACAAGGCUCUGCACACAGCUGUUACAUCACGCCUCUCUGAGGUGAAGAAGGCUAUCACAGCGCAACUUAAGGCGAUCCCCGAGGGCUCUGCUGAUAAGGUGCACAGCGCUGAGUUCGCCCAGGCUGUGCUUCAGAAAUAA